UUUGCCAGUCUUAUUUUGUAGUACAGUACAGUUCUUAGAAGCACUUGACGGUUACUUAUCAUGUUCUAAUUUGAAACUUGCAAUCAGCGACCUGAAUUGAUAUGUAUUGAUUACUGUGUUGAUGUCUAGGUCGUUUAAUGUGUGUUUUUUUCGUUCCAUUCCCCUUCAGAAAUUGGCUCUCUGUCCAACGAUGACGAUGCGAAAUCUAGCCAAGAAAAACUUAACGACUGGCUUGAAGAAAUGGAUGAUGAUGAUCGAAUGGAAUUUGAAGGACGGACUCAAGCCGACAUAAAUUUAGUCAAUGAUCCUGAGAUAAAAGAAAUAGCUGAGAAAGAUUAUGACAAUGCGAUGGGACGGAUAAUUGCCGUUAAUCUUGCACACUGGCGAAAGGAUCAACAGAAGAGAACGAAACAGUCACAGAACAAACGAGAAUAUCAAGAAAAUGUACAGGAAAUAAUUGAAACAACUAAUGAAGGCCAUGGGUUCUUUUUUGAUCAAGGAGACAUGAUACUCGAUUGCGAACUCUAUGAAGAACUUCAUCCCGGAGAGAGCUGUAAGAGGGGUGGGUCCAGAGGUCAGUCCAGGACGAAGAGAAAUGCUAUUAGAGCUCGUAAACGACUCUGGACAACAAGGAUAGUACCAUAUAAAAUUCCAUCCUACAUGAGUUACAUCACAUCAAACCUUUACAAAGUUAUUCAGACUUUCCACCAAGAAACAUGUAUAAGAUUUGUGCCAUACAAGAGACACAAGAAUUAUAUCUACUUUGCCAAUGACAAAGGAUGCUCCUCUAAGGUCGGGAAGAAGUACGCUGAGCUUGGUGGUCAAAAAGUUUCCCUUGGGGACGGGUGUAAUUUCGAGGGGACUAUUACACACGAGCUUCUACACGCAUUAGGAUUUUUCCAUGAACAAGCUCGAGAUGAUAGAGAUAGAUUUGUAGAAGUAAACUGGGAAAACAUUCUUGACGGAUUUUCAGACCAGUUUGACAAGUAUAGCUAUAGAACUAUUGAUAAGAUUGGAAAAGACUACGAUUUCAAAUCCAUCAUGCACUAUGAUAGAAAAGCCUUUACCAAGAAUGGACUGGACACUAUUAGUAGGAUAGACAAGCCAAACGAGAACUUUGGAAUGCCCCAGAAAACGAUGAGUUCUCAGGAUAUUGUUGAGCUAAACGCCUUGUACGACUGCCAAACGAAAAACUACGGCUGGACUCAAUGGUCGCAGUUCACUCCAUGUGAUGAAGACUGCGGUAAAGAACGCCAGCGAUACUGCUACAAUUCAGGAAACGUCAGAGCUUGUGGUGGUAACGUAAACGUGUAUGGUAUUGAAACGCAGAAAGUGAAAUGCGGCAGGAACGAGUGUCCAGUCAAGAUAGAUGGACAUUGGGGUCGUUGGUCAGACUGGACAUACUGCGAUGCUCAAUGUGAUGACGGUAAAAGAACACGAUUCCGGAAGUGCGAUAAUCCUAAGCCAAAACAUGGUGGGAAAUAUUGUAUCGGAAACUCCAAGGAAGACGACGUCUGUACGACGAGGAGAUGUACACUUGGAUAUGAAGACACUGAUUUCGAUAGUAAAGCGUUUGGAAUGUGGAAAAAUGCUGGGCAAAUACAGUGGCGCCGGAAACAGUUCUUUACCCAGACAAAGGAAACUGGACCCAGUCGAGACCACACCACCGGAAAAGGUUUUUAUCUAUACGUGGAGUCCUCUGCACCUGCUCAAGCUGGGAGUCGCGCUAUUCUUGAGAGCCCACGUUGGUUGACUGCUCCUAAAGGCGGUCAGUGCAUGAAAUUCUUUUAUACCAUGUAUGGUAAAACAAUGGGCUCACUUUUAGUAACGCUGCAGCGACGUUGGGGAAAAGCUGCAACUAUUUUCUUCCGGUCAGGAGAUCAAGGUGUUCAUUGGAUUGGGGCCAAAGUCAGCCUAGAUGUUCCAGAGGGAGCCAAAUUUCAGAUCAAAAUCAUUGCUCAGGUAGGCCAGCCAGGAUACUCCGACUUUGCUAUUGAUGACGUGUACAUCGAUCCCGGACUUUGCUCUUGCCAGGAUGACUACGUGUCGUGUUCAAAAUGGAAGGCAGAAGGGGAUUGUAAGAAAUAUGUCAAGUUUAUGAGCAAGCAUUGUGCCAGAAGCUGCGACACAUGUGAAUGCAAAGACGACAACGCCAACUGUCCAGCGUGGGCUGCUCAACCGAACGGCUGCUCAAAAAAUACUGCCUACAUGCGUGUGAACUGCAAGAAGAGCUGUAAAGUUUGCCAUCCACCUACGGGUUUGCGGAUACCCCAAGUGGGUAAUUCAGAACCACCGAUGUGCAAGGAUAACGACGAAUUACAGUGUCCGAUUUGGAAGAAGAACGGCCAGUGUUCGAGGAAUCCAUCCUAUAUGUCCACGAAUUGUGCUCUGAGCUGCGGAAUCUGUGUCUGUAAGGACAAUUGGCUGAAGUGUCCCGAAUGGGCAGGCAAAGGAGAAUGUAUCAAGAACAAGGACUGGAUGUUGAAAAACUGUCAGAAAAGCUGCCAUGUUUGUGCUUGCGGGAACAACCAUGUAAAGUGUGGACGGUGGGCGCAACUUGGAGAGUGCGGCAAGAACCAAGAUUUCAUGAGGGAGCAGUGUAAAAAGAGCUGCAAUAAAUGUUAAACUCACCAUGCUCGCUAUGCCUCAUGUGGAGCUUGACUUGCCGUGAUCAUCUUGUCUUUAGAACGUUAGAGUAUCAUCGCUACAUUUCAUAGUUUAUGUGGGACUAUUUAUAGUAGAUUUAAUGGAUAAAACAGUCUGACAUUAAAUUUUACAGAUGUCUUAUGGAUUUUUUCUCCUAUAAUAAUGAGAGUUUAAUCAGUUCGGAGGACUAACAGUGGACUCGUUACGUAUAUUAGAGUAUAUGAUGUUUAGCUCUAUAGUGUGGCAUCACUUGCAAUACAGGCCAAGUAUUAAUAUAUAGUCCAAAAACAAUGUUGUUACUGAUAUUGCGAUGUGAUGUUUAAUUGCCAUUAACCUUUUAUUUUGAUUUUGACUAAUUUCACUUUAAAUUAGUUAGCGCGCAAAUCAACAUUAUGGUAAUAACGAUACAAUGAUUGUUCUCCUUUACGGCAAAGCUCGCCAUAGUUUGCUCUACGUCUGAUCAGCAAUAGAUCACAGAAGACUUCAAAAUGUGGUAAAAACAUCAGGGGCUAUCGCCUCGUGUGCUUAGCCUGCGAACAGGCUCCCGGUGAGCCCGAACGAAGCGAGGGAGGCUCCCCUGUCCCGCCCCGAUCGCUUCGCUCAUUCUUCUGUUUAGUGCUCGCCAAAUAUUUUUUUGGUCCUCGACGGGAGCUUGUUCGCAGGCUACGUGUGCCAUGUUUUUGUUCUUACUACAUUUUGACGUCAUCUGUGAUCUAUGGUAUUUACAGUACAAAGGUAUUUACAGUAUAUAACCACGGUAGUCUAGCCGAGAUGCAAGCAGAGCUCGUGCAGUGUUGGGCCUUGUUUUGAACGCAUGCCUUGAUAUAAAGUUAUUUACAAUAUAAAACCACGGUAGUCUAGCUAACCGUUUAGCAAGCUGUACGAGACGUCUAGAACGUAGGCCGCUAAAGCCUGGUUCUCAUAGGCCACCGACAUACCUGGGAAGCCGUCACGGAAUAUGUGAACAUCUAACGCCGAAUCAUAAUUUGUCCCAGGCAUUGACCGCCGGCUUGCCUGCGAAGUUGGGCAGUUAUCGGCGAUGAAAAUAUUUUAUGCGAACAUCAUCUGCAGACGCAACGUACUCCAGUUAGACGAUUCGAUCAAUAUUUGCAGGUGGAAUGGUUGAAAAUGCGCCAAUUCGAUUUGCAUUUCUCGCCAAUUAGAGUACGUCGACGAUCCAUGGCAAGAUGCGCCGGGGCCCCACUGAAACAGAUCGCCGAACGUUGUUAGUUGCAACCGGCGUCUACGCCGCAGGUAGGUCAGCGGAAUAUGAGAACCAGAUUUAAUAUGUAAGUUUAGCCAUCCAUGCUGAGGGUGGGUUUUGUUUGCGUCGCUCGAUUCUUGUAAAUAACUAAGGCUAGACUUUCCACAGAUAGACGUACCACACUCUUCACCUUUGCAGUUCUUUUUGCAGUUUUUAAACAUCCAUCUCGAAUUGUUUUGACACUCUCCCUUUUUUGCCCAAAGUGGGCAUUGUUCUGGAUCAGAAUCGGUGCAUUUAUAUUUCAGAUCAUGAACUAAAAAAAAUAAACAAACGUAGAGUAUAAGCUUUAUAAUUCUACAAGCUCUUAAUAUAGAGCUAUUUUAGCAUGAAUUUUCCGGUUUGUAUUCAGCUAACCAAAACAGCAUUUUAAAAGCAGGCUUACUUUCACAUCGUCUGCCACUUUAACCUUCAGGACACUGACACUGAUAACCCUUGGCGGUAUCGUAGCAUCGGCCGUUAUUUUGACAAGGUGAUUGAAGGCAUGGGGAGCUUCUUCUUUUCAGGGCUGAUGGACCUUUACAGCACACGUAAUAACAGCUUUGAGAUGGAUAUCCAACCACGAUACACUUACAUCGAUAUUCUUUUUUUACAGUUAUAUUAAUUACAGUUAACAAUAAAGAUUAGCGAAAAAACUGAGCAACGACGUUUCGGUGUCAUCCUGGCACCAUUUUCAAGUUAAAAAAUAUUAGUGCGAAAAGUAAACUAAUUUAUACCAAUGGUAGAGGUGCGAAAUUGAAUAAAUUAAGAUUAAGAUA